AUGGUUACCAAACAGGGCCUAAGUAAUCUCACCGUCAUCCCAUUCAGGGAUAUUUUCCUUCCUAAUCUUCGAAGGAAACCGGAUCAAAACUAUAAGAAAUCCAGAAGGACAAGGAAGAACGAGAAGAAUCCCUACGACCAAACCCGGAAUCCACAGGGCAUCAUUCAGAUGGGUCUCGCCGAGAAUCAGCUCUCGCUUGAUCUUGUUGAAUCUUGGCUGUCCGAAAAUCAAGACGUAGCCGGGUUCAAGAGUAAUGGGGAGUCCAUAUUCAGAGAGCUCGAACUCUUCCAGGACUAUCACGGCCUUCCUGCGUUCAAGAAAGCCUUGGUGCAGUUCAUGGCGGAAAUCAGAGGAAACAAAGUGAGCUUCGACCCGAAGAAGAUAGUUCUGACUGCGGGUGCGACUUCUGCAAACGAGACUCUCGUGUUCUGCCUCGCCAAAGCCGGUGACACCAUUCUCAUUCCGACCCCAUAUUACCCAGGAUUUGACAGGGAUCUGAAAUGGAGAACAGGAGCAGAGAUUGUGCCAAUACACUGUACAAGCUCCAAUGACUUUAAAAUCACUGCUCGGGCUCUCCAACAAGCUUAUCAAGAAGCCCAAAACUGUAACCUCAAAGUCAAAGGUGUCCUCGUCACCAACCCGUCAAACCCACUCGGCACAACAAUGACCCGAGCCGAGCUUGACCUCCUCAUGGAUUUCAUCGUUGAGAAGCAAAUCCAUCUCGUCUGCGACGAGAUUUACUCGGGCAACGUUUUUGGCUCUCCAAACUACACAAGCAUCGUGGAGGUUCUUUCAAAGUACGAGAAAGCGGAGGUUUGGGAUAGGGUCCACGUCGUGUACAGCCUCUCCAAGGACCUCGGCCUCCCAGGUUUUCGGGUUGGAGCUAUUUACACGAACAAUGGUUCGAUAAUCGCCGCGGCAACCAAGAUGUCAAGCUUCGGGCUUGUCUCAUCGCAGACUCAGUACUUUCUCUCCAUGCUCCUCUCGGACAAGAAGUUCACCAGGAACUACAUCUCCGAGAACAAGAAGAGGCUGGAAAAACGGCAUGCGUCGCUCAUCUCAGGCCUCCAGAACGCAGGCAUCAGCUGCCUCAAGAGCAACGCGGGGCUAUUCUCCUGGGUUGACAUGAGACAUCUGUUGAGUUCGAGCACGUUUGAAGCCGAAAUGGAGCUGUGGGAUAAGAUCGUGUACGACGUCAAGCUGAACAUCUCACCAGGGUCAUCGUGCCACUGCAGCGAGCCAGGAUGGUUCCGAGUGUGCUUUGCGAACAUGGCCGAAGAAACCCUCGAGAUAGCCAUCCGGCGCAUUAAGGCAUUCGUCGAUGUUGGUAUUUACGGAAGCGUGUGCUUAAUGUGA